UGUGACUGACGAUCAGUGUGAUGGCUGUAGAGUCAACAUCAUCAUCGCUGUCCUCUUGCUUUAUCCAUUGGGCCACAACCAAUCAUCCUUGCUCGGCUUGCCGUCCCAUGUUCGAUAUACAUUGGCUCACGAGUCUCGUUUCAAGAUGACGGCAAACAGCAAUGCCCCCGCCUCCACGCCAGAGUCUCGUCAAGCUGGAGAUCUGCAGAAUGAGCGAUCGCAGAUCACAUUUUCUACCGACGAUGCUUCUUGCGUCUUUGCAGGAUCUAGAGAAGCUAGGGAUAGAAAUCGAUGGCUCCUAUCCUUGCUCAGAGAUCAUCCGGACAAAGUGUUUGACAAGGAUAGCCGACCUUUUUUAGGUCGCACAGAGAGGUUCUUGAGAGGACAAAAGGUCGCGCAGGCGUACUACGAGUUGAGAAACAAACAUGGACUGCAAAAGGAGGACAGGGAUCGUCUGCGUUUGCUUCUGGACGAGUACAUUCCGCUGCAAGUGCACGAGUCCAUGGGGCAGCCCACCAUAGAGUCUCAGUCCAGUCCAGAACAAUUGCAAGAGUGGGGUCCAAAAGUGAGCAGUGGCAGAUGGUUGGUGUGCUAUGCUCAGACCGAGCUCGCUCACGGUUCCAAUCUCUCUGGUCUGCGCACUACCGCCACGUUGGAUACGGGCAGCGAUACUUGGAUCAUCGACACUCCAGAGCCAUCAGCUGGGAAAUGUUGGAUCGGAGGCAGUGGCAUGACUACAACGCAUGCAAUAGUCAUGGCACAAAUGUCGAUCAACAACAAGUCCUUUGGCAUGCAUCCUUUCCUAGUGCCUAUGCGCGAUCCGGAAACGCACAAACUCUUGCCUGGCGUCUUUGCGAUGGACAUGGGUCCCAAAGUCGGAGCGCCGGCGAUGGACAAUGGCUACAUCACCUUCGACCACGUCAGUAUACCCAGGCAGAACCUGAUGGGCAAGUUCCAGCACGUGGAUAAAGACGGCAAAUACGAGACGAGAAAUCAGGCCGCCAAAGCUCUGACCAGGGGCGCAAUGACGCUCGUACGAGUCGGCUUGAUUGAGAUAGCUGCACACCACGCUGCAAGAGCUACUCUCGUUGCAACGCGGUACUCCUUGGUGCGACGACAGGGAUCUUCAAAAGGCGGAGCAGAACCUCAAAUUCUGGAUUACUCAAGCGUCCAACAACGCCUCUUUACCUGCUUGUCCACCUCAUGGGCACUCAAUUUCGUAGGUCAGCACAUGCGCUCCAUCUACAAUGACCUUCAAAGCGCUCUUCAAAAGGGAGACGCGUCAUUGCUCGGCACAGUACACGGUUUCACGUCCAUAUUGAAAGCUUGCGCGACGUUUCAAGGUCUUGAUGUGGUCGAGACGGCUAGAAGGUCCAUGGGCGGACACGGAUAUUCGGCCGCUUCCGGUCUCACAGAUCUGGAACGCAAUCAGCCCACUGCUGGCUUGACGUACGAAGGAGAUAAUCACAUGCUCCUCUGUGGCCCAGCUGCGAAUUUCCUUGUCAAGACGCUGGACAGUGACAAGAGACCAGUUCGACGCGAGUUGGAUUUUCUUUUCGACAAGCCACGAUUCGAUGUGACGAAGCCGCACGAGUGGCUGGAUGAAGAGAGACAAUUGUAUCUGCUCGGAAGUAGAGCUGCUAAACUUGUGCGAGAUCUGUCGGCGCUGAGAAGAGAAGCAAAGGAUGCAGCAACCUUGGCGUACCUAGAGUCGGCCCUAUCUUCGCGGGCUUCAAGGGCAGCAGGUAGCUACCUGAUCCUCUAUGCCUUCAACGCCCGGCUUUCGCUACUUCGCUCCGCCUCGGCAGAAAGCAUCGUCGGCAUCAAACCUGCCGCCGAGCUGCUGCGCGCUUUGGAAGACUUGCGCUCUUUCUACGUGCUGGAAGCUUGCGUGCUCAGGGACGUGGGAGACUUUGUGGAGAGUGGAUUGCUGGAAGCUGAACAAGUUUCUUGGGCCAGACAAACCGCUGCGCACCUCGCGCUCAGGCUGAGAAAGCAAGCCAUCGGUCUCGCAGAAGCUGCGGACAUGGACGAUUGGUACUUGGGCUCGCCACUUGGUCACUCUGAUGGCCGAGCAUAUGAGCGCAUGAUAGAUUGGAUGCGCUUAGAGCCUCUGAACCAGCAAGGGCUUAGCGGAGGGAGAGAUGAGGACGGAGUAUUGAAAGGUUUCCGACAGGCAAUGGGAAGGCUCACACAUGGAGAAGCUCAGCACUUCAAUGGAGAGGCUGCGGCGAGGGAUUCGAGGCUAUGAAUGGCUAAACGGACCAAUCAGCAUGCCUGUGACCUCUGAACGUCGCUUGGAUCUGGUCCCAUGGCUGCGCUGGCUAAGCCCACAGAUAAUAAGAUGUGCUUGAGCGCUGGCUGCUGCAUGGCCCAUGAUGAUCAUACAUUGAUGAAGCAGCGAAGGAUUCGCUAAACCAUUCCCUCCAAAAAUUCUAGUGUCCGGCAUUCUGAC